AAAACCUGAGCCAGAAACCAGACACGCAGAGGAUACUAAACUCUGCUUCAGUCUCCUAAAUUUCCUUCCUUUUUCUUUUUCUUUUCUUAUUGAAUUCUUUAUUUCAAUCAAAACCUUUUUCUUGAAUCAUUGCCACCUUUUUUCACCUCUGAUAAUUUUGUUUCUCUAAAGAUGGGUGUGAGAAGCAAGGGAAGAGAAUUGCACACGGUCUUGCUCUUUCUUGUAUUUUCUGCCAUUUUCCCACUCUCUUUCUCAGCUGCCAAUCAACCUCGUAAAGCCAAGAAGCCCACCGCCAGAGCUUCUGAUAAUCAACUUGUCUCCUCAGCUGUUUUUCGGAUUCAAGGGAAUGUAUACCCUCUUGGGUAUUACACAGUGUCCCUCCACAUUGGCUAUCCCCCCAAGCUUUUUGACCUUGACAUUGACUCAGGUAGUGACCUCACUUGGGUUCAGUGUGAUGCACCAUGUAAAGGUUGCACCAAGCCUCGUGAUCAACUUUAUAAACCCAACAAUAACCUUGUGCAAUGCAAGGACCAGUUGUGUGCUGUAGUGCAAUUGUCAACAACAGACCAUCAGUGUGCUGCCCCAGAUGACCAAUGUGACUAUGAGGUUGAGUAUGCAGAUCAUGGAUCAUCUCUGGGUGUGCUUGUCCAAGACUACAUUCCUCUUCAAUUCACCAAUGGUUCUAUGGUACGCCCUAGGAUAGCCUUUGGGUGUGGAUAUGAUCAAAAGUACUCUGGUCCUACACCUUCUACAGCAGGAGUCCUUGGACUUGGCAAUGGCAGAGCAAGCAUUUUGUCCCAGCUUCAUUCUCUGGGUCUGAUUCGCAAUGUUGUUGGUCACUGCUUAAGUGGGCGAGGAGGGUUUUUAUUCUUUGGAGAUGAUUUCAUUCCCUCAUCAGGAAUUGUCUGGACACCCAUGUUGCCUAGUCAUUCGGAAAAACACUACAGCUCAGGACCAGCAGAACUGUUUUUCAAUGGAAAGCCUACAUCUGUUAAGGGUCUUGAACUUAUCUUUGAUAGUGGGAGCUCUUACACAUACUUCAACUCGGAAGCUUAUCAAGCUGUUGUUGAUCUGGUAACUAAUGAUUUAAAGGGAAAGCAGUUGAAAAGAGCAACUGAGGAUCCAUCACUUCCCAUUUGUUGGAAGGGUGCUAAGUCUAUCAAAUCUUUAAGUGAUGUCAAGAACUAUUUCAAGACCCUAGCUUUGAGCUUCACAAAAGCGAAGAAUAUGCAAAUGCAACUACCACCAGAAGCUUAUCUCAUUGUCACUAAACAUGGCAAUGUCUGCUUGGGGAUUCUAGAUGGCACAGAAGUAGGACUAGGAAAUCUUAACAUAAUAGGAGACAUCUCUUUACAAGACAAAAUGGUGAUUUAUGACAACGAGAAACAGAAGAUUGGAUGGGUUUCUUCCAAUUGUGAUAUGCUUCCCAGUGUGGAUCGUGAUUUUGAAGAUGGUUUUCCACAACCAUACGCAGCCAAUUUCGGUAUUUUUGCGGAUCGGUGCCCCGCAACUUAUGAUAUAACAGACAGUCAGUGAGUUUGGCAGAGGAUACUCGGAUGUAAACUAGAUAGCAUAUAUAAUACCAUAUGGUACAACAUAUAUACAUGGAUUCGUUUUUUUUUUUUUUUGUCAGCUUACUACAACAUUUCAUGCUUCAUAAGCUACAAUUAAUGAAUGUGUAACUGAUAACUUCCAACCCAUACAAGCUACUGAGUUACUAAUCCAAGCUAGAGAAAAAUUCAUGAAGUAGAGAGGCCUCAAUUCCCAUCAGUAGCAAGUAGUUAAUCAGUUCAACUAGAGAAUCUGCCUUCAUUGUUGCUUCCAUACACU